AUGUGGUUCAAGAUUCUCCCUGGGCUUGCUGUCAUGGGCUUGUGCUUGGUCAUCCCUGGAGUGCCCGCUGCUUACAUUCACAAGUUCACAAACGGUGUGAAGGAAAAGAGAGUUGCCCAUUAUAUAUAUCAUUGGCAAUUGAUGGAGAGAGACAGGUGCAUCUUUGGAGUUAAUUGCUACUAUGUGUCAAGAGGUUUGUAG